AUGGCUUCUUCCCCGCCCGGCCAGGGCGCACACCCACCGCCAUCCGAUGACGCCACGGACACCAUCCACUCUGGCGCUGCUGCCAAGCCUAUUCAGACCUCCACCCCCAGCGCACGUGGCUCAUCGCAGCGCCCCUCGGCCAAGCAAAAGAGGAGCAAGCAGCCCUUUGAGGUCGCAGAGGACCAGUACCAGGCUCCCUUCCAGCUGCCUUCCAGGGCCGCCCUGGACGAUGAUGGCGGCGAAGACGACGACGACGAUGCCGAGCGCCAGCACGAUCCACCCGUCGCCUCGUCGCCCUAUUUCGACGAGCAGGAAUCCAGGGAGGCCUUGGAGUGGGCCCGAUCCCAGCAAGCCGCCGACAUCGACGCCGACCACGAUAACGGCGCCGGCCCCUCUGCCGACGGCGGCGUAGCCAUCGGAAACCACUACAGCAGGCGCAGCAGGAGGGACAGCCAGGUGGGCAGCUACGACGACCUCGGCAGCAUCUUUGAUGGCCCCACGGCCGGCGCGGUGCCCAGCUCCAUCAGCAGCAUGCGCCACGAAAUGGCCCGCCCCGAGCUCGGACGCCGCUCCUCUGGGCGGUCUCGCAGGCGCAUCUCGAUGGAGAGCCGAUCGCCCCGCAGGACCAGGAAGCUCUCUUCCGCCUCGAUCCAGAGCGCCGCCGUCACCGCCGCCAGCGAGCGCAGCGCCUCGCCCGAGUCGACCAUCAGCCGCACUCGCCCAGAGAGCGUAAGGAGCAGCAGCGUUUUCCGUUUCGGACGCAGGAGAAGGGUCGGCGAGGAUCACGACGCGGACGGUAUCGCCGCCAGCCAGCCAAAGGGCAUGCUCGGAUCCAUCCUGGCCUCGUUCCGCGGCGACCGGGACCAGGACGAGGAUGCCCGCAGCCGCCGAUCCGUCUCACGCCCGCUCCUCGGCGGACGUCGACGCUCGUCGAGCUCGGCCGUGUCUCGCGGCUCGUCUCGAGGACGGCGGCGGUCCGAUGUCGGCACGGACGACGACGACGACGAAGACGACCGUCGGAGCGCCGGCGGCUGGAGCGACGAGGACUAUGGCCUGGACGACUCGGACCUCGACGACUCGCCCUCGAGCCUCGCCAGCAACACCUCCGACGAGGACGGCGGCAGCAACCGACCCGGCCUCCUGCCCUCGGCGUUCGGCACCCUCAGCGGCGCCGUCGACCCCGUCUUUGGCGACACGCGCGUCACGACCGAGCACGAGCCCGAGGACGAGCUCGACGCCGAGCUGGGUGGCCGCGACCUCGACGAGGCUGGCGCUGCCUCUGGCUUCGGCCGCGGCCGGUCCGAGGCCAGCCGGUCCGGCAUCGAUCUCGAGGCCGGCCGUACCGACACCGGCCUCACAAAGAAGCAGAGCGAGGAGCUGAGCUACCUCGACAAGAGCUCAAAGAGCCGCCAGCAGGUCUACCUGCCCGAAGAGGACACGCUGAUCCGCUUCACGGGCUACCGCACCAUCUUUGUGCGGCGCGUCGUGUUCGCCAUCGUCAGCUGCCUCACGCUGGGCAUCGUCUACCUGGUCGGGCGCUGGCUGCCGCGCUGGAGGCUGCGGUGGGUGUGUCGCGAGGCCGCCUUCGAGGAGGCCGACUUUGUCAUGGUCGAGAACCAGUGGGGCGACCUCAACCAGCAGCGCUUCACCUCGGUCCCCUUUGCCCGGCCGCUCGCCACCGUCUUCCCGCCGUCGUCGCGCGAGCCUGCGUCGACCCAGGCCGAGCACCAGGCGGCGCCCUCGGUCAUCCUGCCGCCCGGCCUCUCGGCGACCGGCAGCAAGAGCAACGCGGCCUCGAAGAACGCUUCGGCCAGGAGCAGCAUUGUCAACGGCCAGCCUGCCGCCGGCAACCGAAACUCGACGGCGACGACGGCCACUGCGACAACGACGACCAGCACCUCGACCACGGCCGUCGAUGGCGGCGAGGGCGACAACGGCGGCGGCGAGGUGCCGCUGCUCUCGGGCGUCCAGACCGAGCAGCUCAUGGACCUGUCCUACUUUGACUACCGCUACACCCGCUUCGCCCUCUAUCCGCCCACGGGCCGGCUGCGCAUGCUCAAGGACUGGCGCGACCCCUUUUGGACGUCGGCCGAGGCCAUCGCGCAGGGCGUAUCGUGGGACGCCGAAAAGGACCGCUCCACCAUCUUCGGGCGCAACAUGAUCGACAUCGAGGCGCGCUCGACGUGGACGCUGCUGAUCGACGAGGUGCUUCACCCGUUCUACAUGUUCCAGAUUGUCUCGAUCAUCCUGUGGUCGUUUGACAACUACUACUACUACGCCUUCUGCAUCGCCGUCAUCUCGCUCGCCUCGAUCGUCACGACGCUCGUCGAGACGCGCCAGACGGUCAACCGGAUGCGCGAGAUGAGCCGGUUCACGUGCGAGGUACGCGUGCUGCGCGAGGGCGCGUGGCGCACCAUGGACUCGAGCGCGCUCGUGCCCGGCGACGUCUACGACGUGGCCGAGCCCGGGCUGCUCCUCUUCCCCGCCGACAGCGUGCUGCUGAGCGGCGACGCCAUCGUCAACGAGAGCAUGCUCACCGGAGAGAGCGUGCCCGUCAGCAAGGUGCCCAUCGUCAAUGCGAGCAUCGCCGGCCUGCACGCGACGGGCUCCGACGUCAGCGCUGAUCUGGCCAAGCACUUCCUCUUUGCCGGCACCCGCAUCAUCCGGAUCCGGGGCACCGUCGGGCCGUUCAGCCACGGCCACCACGGCGGCAACGACGGUGGUCCGAUGGAGGCCACGGCGCGCGCCAUGGUGGUGCGCACGGGCUUCAACACGACCAAGGGCGCGCUGGUGCGCAGCAUGCUCUUCCCCAAGCCGAUGGGCUUCAAGUUCUACCGCGACUCGUUCCGCUUCAUUGGCUUCCUUGCGGGCAUCGCCGGCAUCGGCUUCCUCGGCAGCGCCGUCAACUUUGUCAAGAUUGGCAUCGCGUGGCACACGAUUGUCAUCCGCGCGCUCGACCUGGUGACGGUGGUGGUGCCGCCGGCGCUGCCGGCCACCAUGUCGAUCGGCACGUCGUUUGCCAUCAACCGGCUGCGCAAGCUCGGCAUCUUCUGCAUCUCGCCCAACCGUGUCAUCAUCGGCGGCAAGGUCAACGUGUUUUGCUUUGACAAGACGGGCACGCUGACCGCCGACGGGCUCGACGUGCUGGGCACGCGCACCAUCGACCUCAAGGCGCACCGGUUCAGCGAGCUGCACGAGACGGUCGACGAGAUGCCCGUCGGCCAGGGCCCCAAGAACGACUCGGACGCGCGCAAGAUGCCGCUGCUGUACGCGCUCGCCACGUGCCACAGCCUCAAGGUGGUCGAUGGCGAGGUGAUUGGCGACCCGCUCGACGUCAAGAUGUUUGAGUACACCGGCUGGACGCUCGACGAGGGCAAGGAGCGCUCGGCCAAGGCGACGACCAAGUCCGGCACCGCAAAGGACGGCAAGAGCAAGCUGACCGAGCGGCCGCCGGCGCUGGUCCAGACCGUCGUGCGCCCGCCCGGCGGGCAGUCGUUUGAGGUUGAGGACGCCAUCAAGUCCGGGCGGCACGCCCACUUCCUCGAGCUGGGCGUGCUGCGGACCUUUGAGUUUGUCUCGUCGUUGCGCCGGAUGAGCGUCAUUGUCAAGCGCCUCAAGUCGCAGUCGAUGGAGGUGUUUGUCAAGGGGGCGCCCGAGGUCAUGUCGGACAUCUGCGACCCAGACUCGUUCCCGGCCGACUACAACGACCUGCUGUCGUACUACACCAAGCACGGCUACCGCGUCAUUGCGUGCGCCGGCAAGACGAUGGCGGGCAUGAGCUGGAUCAAGGCGCAGCGGAUGCGGCGCGAGCAGGCCGAGAGCGGGCUGCGCUUCCUCGGCCUCAUCAUCUUUGAGAACAAGCUCAAGGAGGGCUCGGCGCCCGCCAUCGAGACGCUGCGCCUCGCCAACAUCACGACCAAGAUGGUGACGGGCGACAACCCGCGCACCGCCAUCAGCGUGGCGCGCGAGUGCGGCAUGGUAGGGCAGUCGGCGCACGUCUUUAUGCCGACGUUUGUCAAGGGCUCGCAGCGCAGCCCGCAGGCCGUCAUUGACUGGUCGAGCGUCGACGACGACCGCAUCAAGCUCAAUCCCUACAGCCUCAAGCCGCUCGAGGUGGAUCCGCACGUGCUGGAUCUCGAGGAGUUUGACUUCCAAGACUACCAGCUUGCGCUGACGGGCGACGUGUUCCGGUGGAUGAUUGACUUUGCCCCCGUCGAGACGCUCCGGCGCAUGCUCAUCAAGGGCACGAUUUUCGCGCGCAUGUCGCCCGACGAGAAGCACGAGCUCAUUGAGCGCUUGCAGGCGCUCGGAUACACGGUGGGCAUGUGCGGCGACGGCGCCAACGACUGCGGCGCGCUCAAGGCGGCCGAUAUCGGCAUCUCGCUCUCCGAGGCCGAGGCGUCGGUCGCGGCGCCUUUCACCUCGAACCAGCCCGACAUUGGCUGCGUCAUCGACACGAUCAAGGAGGGGCGCGCCGCGCUCGUGACGUCUUUCGGCUGCUUUUCCUACAUCUGCCUCACGAGCCUGCUCCAGUUCACCUCGGUCCUCGCCCUCUACAGCUUCGGAUCCAGCCUCGGCGACGCCCAGUUCAUGUUUGCCGACUUUUCCGCUCUCGCCCUCAGCGUCUUUAGCGCUCGCACUGGCCCGCCCUAG